UGUGAUUACAUAACCAAGUAGAAAAUUGAGGUUGACAUUAAAUCGCUAUAACUCAAAAUAACAUAGAUUUUAAUUUUCAAACUAAACUUUAAAAUGUCUUUUAAUUUAAUAGUAAAACGCUGCAUCUCUACCACCUCCGUAAAUUACGGCAAAAGAAAUUUCAAGAAAUUUCCUCUGUUUAAUAAGCGAGGGUCCAGACAAUUCAAGGAGGCUCAAUCGAAUAUCAAAACCAGAGACCCAAAUUUGUUUCACACCCGUGGUGUUCGAGAGGUUGGUUAUUACGAACUUGAUGGAAAGUUUGUUCUUAUCCCAGAAAAAAUUCCUGAACUUAUAGUUCCAGACCUUACAGAUUGCCAGUUAAAACCCUAUGUUUCCUACAGAGCAGCCGAUGUGGUACAAUCAGAGUUUACAGCUCAAGAUCUGUUUAAUGUGGUGUAUGCCCCAAAGAUUAUAAAAGAUCUCAAAGAAGGGAAAUUGGCUAACGACGGGAGCCCUCUCAAACCUUCACCUGAGGAAACAUUAACCCCAGAAGAAGCUAAAAUUAAAGCUAAACAAACGGGAUCUGAUAUCUUUUAAUUUGGCUUUCAUGUAAAGCGUCUAAUAAAGAAAGCAGGCUUGUAUUAAAAAUGAUCUAUAUUACAAUACAUAACUCUUAUAAACAUUUGUAUACACAAAUUAAUAAUAUACUGGUGGUAUUAGCUAGUUAAGCCGACUAAUACAACCAGUCAAGACAGUCUCACAGUUAUGCAACAAGAAGAUAAUGGCGAACUGUAAUAAUAGGAUAAAAUAUACAAUAAAAUAUUGCUAGACCUAAAUCCAAAGAAUAA